AUGGUUUACUCUUCAGACUUUUACACUUCCCGCAGACCGGCGUACUACAAACCGGCCAGUUCUUAUUCAGUCACCCCACUGUAUUCGUCCGAUGGCUAUGAUUUGCCACCUACUUACUAUAAGGCGCAUCAAGUCUAUCAGACGAGUACUACGCCUACUCCAUUUAUCUUAACACCAUCGAUAUCAACUGGGAAACCAUCUUCAAAAGUUUUACCUUACAAUGGUUAUCCUUAUAAUCACCAUCAUUACGUACCAUUACACAGAAGAUCCGCGGCUACGAUUCAUGGUGUUUUAGAUAGGAUAGAACAUCGUCCACGUUCUCAUCCAUCGUACGACGCUACUGAUGAGUAUCUAAACUCUAGGAGUUCUACAAACUUUGAUGAUGUUACAAGAGAUAUCCGGGCUCAAACCGCUGGAUUGCUUAAACAAGUAUACACUCCUACAAUCAGACCCAAAAUAUCUUCGGUGUCUAAUGGAUAUAGUGAAUUACCUAUAGCACAACGUAUAGAAUCUGAUGCUUAUAUUGAAAAGAUCCUUUCUGACUCCGAUUCUUAUCGCCGCGACAACAGCAUUGGUAAAGGACAUUUGGCUUGUGUGUCAUAUGCUGGUGGCAAGGCAUAUCCCAGGAGAAGGCCACAUUUGUCAAAAGAAGUUGACGACAAUAUCACUAUGUUGUCUUAUUACAACAAAACUAGAGAAGCUGUGGCUGCAUCUUCAAUAAAUCCAAUAGUUAAAAAUUUAGCAGCUGAAAAGGAAGCAACUCGAUUAGCUUCAGGAAAAGUAGCAGCAGAAAAAGCAGCAGCUCAGUUACAUGCUGAAGAGGAAGCUGCUAAAAAAGAAGCUACUAGAUUAGCAGCAAAAGAAGCAGCUCGGUUAGCGUCUGAAGAAGAAGCAGCUGAACAGGAAGCCACUCGGAUACUAGCUGAAGAGAAAGCAGCUAAAAACGAAGCAGAUCGAUUAGCAGCUGAAGAAGAAGCAGCUCGAUUAGCAGCUGAAGAAGAAGCAGCUCGAUUAGCAGCAGAAGAGGAAGCAGCUCGAUUAGCAGCUGAAGAAGAAGCAGCUCGGCUAGCAGCUGAAGAAGAAGCAGCUCGGCUAGCAGCUGAAGAAGAAGCAGCUCGAUUAGCAGCUGAAGAAGAAGCAGCUCGAUUAGCAGCUGAAGAAGAAGCAACUCGACUAGCAGCUGAAGAGGAAGCAACUCGACUAGCAGCUGAAGAGGAAGCAACUCGACUAGCAGCUGAAGAGGAAGCAGCUCGAUUAGCAGCUGAAGAAGCAGCUCGAUCAGCAUUAGACAAGAAAGUUGAAGAAACCGAAGAAACUGAACAAGCAGUCAAUGAAAUUACAACAGAAGAAGAAAUCGACCAAUCCGAACAACAAAUAGAAUUGUCUGAGAAAACUAGAGAUGUAAGCUCGGAAUCCCAAGAAACUAAUGCUGCUGCGAUUGCAAAAUCGUCAACUACGACCACCUCCACGGAAAUAAUUAACGAAGAUGAAGGUGGGGUUAAAACUACAGCAGUAUUUCAACGAACAAUCAAAAAGACAACUACCAUAACAAGUAGUACCUCUGUUGUAUCUGAAAACGAUGGAGAUAUUAGUUCAAAGGUUGAAAUACAAGAGAUAGUUGAAGAAAACGGUGACAUUGGCGAAGACGAACAUGACACCGAGCAUCUAGAUGUUGCUCAAGCAGAAGGACAAGAAUCGUCUGAGGAAGAUGAAUCAGAAGAGGAAGAAGAGUCCGAAGAAGAAUAA